AUGCACAAGGUGAUACAUUCAUCCAACGUAGGCUUCCUCUAUCCCAAGCAGUUCAGAUGCAAGGUCGAUCUCGACGCCCAAAGGGGCCAUGGUCGUCCUUGUAAGAACCGGGCAAAGUGCAAGUACAGGCAUCGUGGAGAGAUGAACCCUGUGCCGGAUGGAGCCUACGUCUUCAUCCAGGCGCAUCAGGACCAAUUCAACAAGUUCUUCAAGGAAUUCUCAGAUGGCUCAGAGAAGACAAAGUGGAUCAAUAUCUUCAUUGGAGCGCGUAGGGCUGAGUUCGACAAGUUCCUCAAGGAAAAGGGCAUUCUCCACAAGAGCAAUGAUGAUAGCGACGUUGAUGAGAAGACAGAUGUGAAGGAGGAGCCGGAGAACUCUGAUUGA